AUGCGGAAAGGAUACAUCCGCAUGUUCAUCUCCUGGUUGAGGCUCAUUGUCAAGACAACCGCAUUUCGGUCGUGCAGGAGUCUCCUCUCUGUCCUCCUGCGACUGAUCCGACACUGUCAAUCUGCCGUGAAUGGAAAGGAGGCGGAUUUUCAAGAACGGCCCAGUUUAGCAUUGAGCUCUCAGCCGAUGGCCAACCAACCAGAGUCGACGCCUGUUGUGAGCCUCGCAGUGCCGUUGCUUAAAGCACCUCUACACACCCAAGGGUUCCAACCUGUAAUGAACGUCCAGAUGCCAACUCCCGACCCUUAUGCAGGGACGAAUACUAAUGACCCAACCUAUAAUGCACAUUCUCCCCAGCACUCUAUUGCGCCAUUCACGCCAAUCUCUAUGCCCGAGCCCAGCAUCCACAUCGCCAUACCAUCACCACCUGCUGCCCCAGGACAGACUUUUGAUACCUUUCUGAUUCCCAUUGUACCCGACCAGGUCAAACGGUACGAGAGGAAUGUGCGAGUUGAUCGUCAGUACAAACCGUUUAAGGUUGAGAAAGGUUCUUUGGACUGUUCAGAAGAGCUUGCUGCAGUAGAAGGAUGGGAGCCGCUCACGCACCCAGAAGGGGCUUUGUUCUUCUAUCACCCAUCUAAAAGAGCGUUCACUGAUGCCGAUGUUCGACCCGAAACUGCUGUCAAAUUAGCCACAGCUGUUGAGAAGGCGCACGAAGAAGCACGCAAUGCAAACAUAUCCUUGCAUCCGGAUUCGUCCGUCGAGCUCGCAUUGGAACUCAUAGAGGAGGAUGGUAGGGAAUCGUGGGGCUACUACUUUGCCGAUCACGAAAAACGUGUCAUUUUCUGGUUCGAAGACUACGAACACUUUGACCUUAUACAUAACGUUCGAGGUGUAAAGCGCAAGAGCCACGUCAAGUAUGCAUUAGAUUCGCAGUACUGCCCUUUUUCUCGUUCCAUGAUUUACGUACAUGACGUUGGCAGGAGACACGUCGAGCUCUUUCCAAACAGACGCUUCCUUCCGGAAGACAUCGUUGUGACACUGAAAGAAAUUGUCAUGCAUGCUCAUGCAGAAAACAUUACUUCUGAUACGUGCCUAGCACCUUUUGCCCCGAAUGAGGUUGCAGAUAUGCUUCCUCUUGUGGAUUAUCUCAAGGGUGAAUCGUUCCCCGAUGCGGGAGGGUCGUCGUUGAUCGUCUUGUCAGACAGUAUUAACAAGGAGCGUGAACACUCCGUGUGGAUUGCUGCUCGAUUUAUGAGGCUUUUCUGCAACGCAAAGUUUGUGAAUUUCUGUGGACAACCAGGCGCCCGACUUGACGUAGAUCAAUCGUUAUACGGAGAAUAUGACACCUGCUCAAAAAAGAUUAUCCUUCGUGUCAUGAAUGUUAUCCUGUUUGGAUCCCCUGAUGCUCAAAGCAAGGCAAUUCACAGGAUAUGGGUCGAUGAAACCAUCGUUCAACCGCGAUGGAAGAAUUUUAUUGAUAGGCUCACCACCGAAUGGAAUGGAUAUACAAUAUUUUCUACUGUGAUGCUCGCUGUUGAUAUCAGCUUCCUCGCAGUCCCAGCUGUCGCGAAUCAAACGCCCGCGAUUGUUCUAGCAUAUUUGUCUUCCCUCUGCGCCAUGGGCUCGUUAGUGGUCUCACUGAUCUUGGCUGGACAAGUUAAUGACAGCCGGCGAGGCUCUGCUGCUGACGUGGCCUCUUUCAUGAUAGGAAUGUCACGUUCUAUGCUCGGCCUCGAGAGCCUUGCCCUGAUGCUCAGCCUGCCGUUUGCACUUCUUAUUUGGGGAAUGGCGUUCUUCGCUGGAGCAUUGUCCACCCUCAUUUUCCGUACUUCCGGCGUUGUCGCCGUCUCGAUCACAUCUCCAAUUUGGAUCGCCAUAUUCGUCCUAACGACGUGGCCCGUAAUGGCUGCUAAUAAUAUUCACGUUUCUCAACUGAGGACCUGGAUCAUAGCACAAGUUUUACCUCAGGCUGUGACGGACAAUAUCAUAUCUCAUGUCUAA